GGCAUACACACACACACACACACACACACACACACACACACUCUCACAGACUUACACUCUCAUAUUUUCUUGUUCUGCUUUUCCCUUCCUGUGCUCUUUUGGCUGACAGUGGAGAAUGGCGACAGUUUCAGCAGCUGUCAUGAGAUACAAUUCACCGGUUAAAUGGUGACACACACACAGAUACACAGAUUACACACACAUUCUGCCGCACACUUGAGGAAUGACUUGAGAAGGGAGAGCUGAAGGAAACACAGAGAGGGCAGAGAUGUGUUGAAGUGUGUUGUGGAUAAACCGAUCCUUGAUCUGUGCCACAACUCUCAUCCCCCCCUCCCUGUGACCUUGCAGCCUGUCCCCAUGUAGCAUUGCCUUACAGUGGAUCAGCAAUACAUUCUCCCAGCUAAAGACUCACUCAUUGUCUUUGUGACACACAUUCUGUGCAUAUUUUCCCUGACCCGCAUACACACACACACACAACUCUCACCGAGGCCUGCCCCCCACACACACACUCAUACCAGUCGCAGCGAGUGCUUUAUGCAUUGACUGACUAACUGGGCAGCUACCGAGGAGAGAGAUGCUGGUGGGAGGAGGGAGAUGCAGACAGUGAGAGACAGAGGGAUUACAGAUAGGAGCAGACUCAGGCAGGUAUAGAAGAAGAAGAGAUAAGGCUUGCAGGGGGACAGAAGAAGAGACUCAUUCAGUAAACACUAACUGGUGGAGUGAGCAGGGCAGGAAAGGAAAUACAGAAAUAGGAAGGAAAACGGGGCUUGUCCAACAGAGAGGAAGAGAGUGAAUUGUUGUUAAAGAGGCUGGGGGGGUGGGGGGACUGAUUGGAUGGCAUUGAUCUCUGGGAGCUGCCGGCUCUUGGGCCAGAUGGCGUCUUGUUGCUGCAGACCGCUGCUCAACUCUUCCUGCUGUGGACCGCUCAUCAAAGUCUGCCUCUCCUCCUUCACAGACAUCUCUCCUGCUGAGCUGGACGCUCUCUGGAGGGAACCACCGUACACGCUUGGGGGAACAAAUGAUCCCUUCUCAGGGAAUGACAUCAUGACUCAAGGUGGAGGUGAGGAGGAGGAUGGUGUCGUGGUGGAGUCAGGUGAAGGAGAGGUGGAGCCUGACAGCUACUGGAAGAAGAAAGAAGCUUUCUUUAGAGGAAGUACUGUGUCACUGGGAGACAAGUUCUCCUCAGAAAUUGCGCUGUUGUUCACUGGGCGGAGGCGCUCCAGUGUGGAUCCUGACCGAACCCUACAGGAGGCGCUGCGCACACGACUGCGAGUGGUGGAGAGCAACAGCCAGGACGUGAUCCAGCUCUUUAAAGACUUGUCUGCACGGCUGGUGUCUGUCCACGCUGAGAAAGACAGCUUUGUGCUCACAUUUAAGACUGUGGAGGAAAUCUGGAAGUUUUCAACAUACCUAGCAUUGGGUUAUGUGGCUCGCUGCUUGGAGAACUUCUUGAGUGAUCAGUCCUUCUGGCUGGACCCAGAGCUGCUCAGCGACCUGGAGAUCAAUGUGAGCGUGGAUGAGGAACAUCUGGCUACUCUGUACCUGGGACUUUUACUGCAGGAAGGAUCCUUCUUUGCAAAGGCGCUAUUUACGAGAAGUGAGCAGUAUGAAGAAGAGGAAGAACAGCUGUCAUUCAAAAAGAAUGACUUGCUCAUGGUAAAGGACACAGGCCAGGACAACAUGCGGGAGGGCACCAUGCUCUCUACAGGAAACCAUGGUCUGGUGCCAGUUGAUGCCAUGCAGCCACUACCCUACCCCUUCUACCAGUGGUUCCUGAGGAAGUAUCCAGGCUCUGCUGGAUGCUCGCCAACAGAAAAGGAACAAUUUGAACAUCCAAUCGUCACAGGUUCCUGUGUAGCAGUGGUUGACCACUGUCCACCGGGGCCGGAUGAGCUCCAGCUAAACCAAGGUGACGUUGUAGAGGUCCAGGGUCUGCUGGUCCGAGGUCUGGGCGUGUUCAUAGGAACGAACACAUCCACAGGACGCACUGGUUUUAUACAGAAGGCCCACGUCAAGCCUAUGGACACCAUGCCCCUAGACGAACAAUUGGUCUUUCUGACAGCAGAGGAGAGGGCCAGCCUGGCUCAGGUUAACCCGUGCAGCUCUGAGCCAAGUGACUGCGGCCUGCUGGAACGACUCUUCUCAUCUGAAAUCAGCUCUGUGUACAGGCUAGACAGACUGGACGAGACUGACUUCCUGUAUAUUAGGAAUCAACCAAAACACGAUCAUAAGGUUUCUUCAAACACGCGUCAGAGUGUCCUUUCAGAGCGGAGUGAGAGAAGCGGAGGGACGCCCCCGUACCACUCCUCCCCACGUAACUCUCUUUCUCUCUCCUCUCCCCGCUUGUCCCUCUACCGCUCCCAAAACCCUCUGCCCCAUGAGGGCGAGCACCUGUCCUUCACCCUGGAGGACACGUUCAGGGAGCUGGACGAGUUCCAGGAGGAUCCACCUCUCUUCUCAGAGGAGAACAGCUGGGAGGGGGAGGAGUCUGAGAUCAGUGACCCCACACUGACCCUGCUCAAUCGUGAACACUUCCAGGAGGACUUCCUGCCUCUGUAUGACCUGCAGUAUUCCUUCCUGUGGGUGACCUUCAGUGGUAAGACGGAGGACGAGCUCUCGGGUCACCUCGAGAGUGUCAGGGAGUGCGCCAAAAGGAUGGGCAUGCACUGGGCACAUCGCCGGGCAUGCUUUCUCCUGGGAAGGCUCUGUGCCAGAAAACUAAAGCUCUCACAGGCACGGGUAUACUACGAGGAGGCUCUGAGCAUUUGUGUGGACAGUUUCUCCGACAUGCCACUCCUUGUCGCCCUCUUCACAAACCUCACCUCCAUCUACCUGAAGCAGCGCAUGACAGACAAACUGCCCCAGACUCUGGAGAAGGCCAGCGCUCUGCUCCUCUGUCUCCCUGGCCACACCUUUACCUCCACAGAUGAGGUGGAGCUGCUCAAACUGCUCCUGAGGAGAUCGGUGGUGAUGGGGGACAAGAGCCUGGAGGCACGUGUCUGCUACCUCAUCUCCAGCCUCUUCCUGCUCCUCAAGAAAACAGACGACGCUCUUCCCUUUAUUGAGAGACUCCAGUUUCUUUCUGUCUCUCUUUCUGCUGUUGAGGGGCAACCCAUAGUCCCCCUGGACCUCAACUGGCUCUUGAGCUGGCUCUAUCAUCGUAAAUACAUGCCUUACUUAGCGCUGGCCUCUCUGAGCCUGGACUCCAGACAAGACCACUCCCUCCACGACGCCUUCCAGAGGAUUGAGUUGUUUAUCAGGAACUCUGUUCGCCUGAAUCCGUGCUGGAAGGAAGGAACCUCCUUGCUCCCCGCCCAGAUUGUGGUUUACCUUCAGCAAGCCUUGGCUCUAGCUGAGCAAGGGGAGGACAUGAAGACCCAGAGGGACCUGUGUUUGGGCUUGGCCUCAGUCUACCAGCAGUACAAUGCUCUGGACAAGGCGGUACGCUGUGCUCAACAAGCUGUGGAGAUGGGCGGCUACAUUAAUGAGGAGGAGGGCUUUGAGGCCUCUGUGCUGCUUGGGUGGCUGCUGGUGUUGACAGGACAGGCUGAGAGGGCCCAGAGUGUCUUGCAGCCACUGCUCACAUCACUUCAGGGUACAGACAGCCCCACGCAGCGAGGGGUGAUCCACAACCUCCUGGCUUUGUGUCUGAGGCGACAGGGCCGUGUCCCGGAGGCAGGAUGGCAUCUCCACUCAGCCCUGAUGAUCUCCAGGGAGAGUGGGAAUCAGAGGAACCAGGCCCUGGCUCUUGCCAACCUGGGCUGCCUGGCGCUGGAUGUAGGGGCAUCAUGGGUAGCAGAGCGUUUCCUCGUCAGAUCAAUGCACCUUUUUCAUGAGCUGUGGGAGAGCCCCACAGACGAGGAGCACGUUCAGACCUACCUCUGGCUGGGGCGGAGCUACAAAGACAGGGGGAGGAGUCAGGAUAUCAGGGCGUGCUAUGAAAUGGGACUGCUAAUUGCACUACAAGCCAGAAACCUGCACAGUCAGAUGGUGGUGGCCAAGGUGCUGAGCCGGCUGUAUGCCGACAUGCUGCUGUACGGUCAGAGCAUCGUCUACUACGAGCACUGUGUGUCUGUGUCCAGGCAGCUGAAGGACAAAAGGCUGGAGGGGGAGUACCUGGAAAUCCUCAGCAGCCUCUACCUGUCACUCAACACAGAAAGAUCAUCUCGUAAGUCGCUGGACUACACCAAGCAGAGCCUGAGGAUUUCUAUCGAUUUGGGCAAGAGAGAGGAGGAGUCAGAGACCUGGUUACAAGUGGGACGUAUAUAUUAUCUCAUUCAGGAAGACGAGCUUGCUGACAUGUACCUGCAGGAUGCUUUUGAUGCAGUGGGCUAUUUCCAUUUGGCUCUGGCAGCAGCCCUGGAGGAUGGCACUCACCCAGAGGCCCUGUAUGUGGUGUACAUGAAGCUUGCAGAGAUCCACGGCAACCACAUGCCCGACGCUCAGCUGUGCCAAGUGUACAGAGACAGAGCCCAGAGUCUGAAGAGAGUGCUGGUGGGAGAGGAGGGAGGGGACCAUGCAGGCACCGAGGCCGGUCAACAGAGAGAGCAGGACUUGGAACGUACAGACAGUUUGAAUAAGAGAAACUACAUCUUCGAUUCUAUACCUGAAGAAGAAAUGUAUGAACUAAACUCGGCCCCGAGAACUUGCACGAGGCAUGUGGACAAAAAUAUCAGUUGUAUAGACAUUAAUAUUGGAGAUGCUCAUGGGAAAGACGAUCACAAUCACCAUCUCCCUGACACAUACCCUAAUGUGGACAAGUGUGAGACAGACACCAUUGCCAGUCAGUCGUACAGCGACAGUACCUUUACUGAAUCUUUUGAUACAGCGAAGGAGCAGAUCUCUGACUCCAGCAGCUCCACCGACACUUUACAAACUCCGAACUUUGAUACUGACCACAGCACACCCAGUCAAAUACCUGCUCAUCCCACCAGUGACAUCACAGGACACAUGGAUGCUAGAGACACUGAUCCUGAUAUUCAGGGUGAACAAAACACACAUGCUUGUGCAGAUCCUGUUCAAAAUGUCAGCGCUACAGACAUGCAGCCUGAUGCUGACCACAUGGAGUCUGUCAGCAGGAAUCCAGAUCAGACUGUGAGUGUGGAGGACUCCACAGAGAAAGAUCAUUCUGAGUCUGGAGACACAAACACGUGGACUUAGGUGUCGUCUACAUAUAACUGCACUUUCUCUUCUUCGCUGACAUUUCCUUCGUUUGGUCACACGUCUCCUGACCAUCGACCUGACUACAACGUUCCAGCCACAUGGCACUUAUUAAAGAUGAUGUCAAUACUGUAAAACUGUCAGAGAUUUAGUUGAUUCAAAGCAUGUGCCUUUUUGUAUGAGAUAUGCUGUGGUUAUCACAGUGCACUGUGCUCCUAAUAUAUGAUUUCUCUAUUUUAUUUGUAUCUCUGGAAGAUAUGACUCAAACAUAAAGAAUGUUAUUUUGAGUGCUUUUUGUUCAUUUGAAUGUGAGACAAAUAGUGGCCCUCACGAAAACACAUUGACCAAACAGUCAAAACAAUCUUACUGGCAGCUAAUAUAAUUAAUAGUGUAUAAACUUUGAUAUGUGUAGUUUUAAAUCCAUAUUACUAAAACUGGUUUAUUUGUCGGGGACUGUAUUCUUCUAAAUCUACACAUUCGCUGUGUGAGCUAGUUUUAAAGACAGCAGGAAGGUGUAUGUGGACUCGACUUAAAAAAAGAAAGUCACUUCCCACAUUCAGAGUAAUAAAGGAAGAUGUCACCUGUUCGCUGCUGUGUUUUUAAUCACUUUGGACAACAGUGGCGCUCUAGGACACAGAGCCAUGAGUUAUCCCAGACUCUGACUGCAGGAAAU